AUGCUGGGCUCUAAGCGACUGGGACAACAGCAUCCGCUCCGACAACAGCAACUCGAGGCAGCAGUAGCAACAAGAAUGAUACUGCUCUCCGUGUGUAGAAGCAGCAGAAGUAGCAGCGGCAGUACGAGCAACUGCCGCAGCGCCAGCUCUCAGUGCCUCCUAACGCCCAAAAAGAAGGCACUAACAGAGAAAGCAGUAGCGGAAUUACUGCGGCUUCCUGCAGCUGCAGCACCAAAACAAGUAUCUGCAACUCCACGACCUACAAAACCAGCAGCAUCGACUGCUCAAACACUACAAUCAGAAAAAAGCAGCAACAGCGAAAGCAUAGACAGAGGGAGCAGCAGUAAUAGAAGCGCUAACGUAAGCAGCAGAAGUGUUAGCAAUGGCAGCAGGUGGAAUAACAGCAUCGACAGCAACAGUGACAAAAAACACCAGCACAAGUAUUAA